AACAACUCAGUGGAAUAGGUGCUAUUACUAUCCCCAUUUUAUGGAAAAGAAGCAGGCUGAAGGAUUCCUGACUUUUCCCAAGGUUGCAGGGCUAUUGAGUGUUUCAGGCAGGAUUUGAAUUCAGAUCUUCCCUUCAAUGAUGCAGGCUUUUUUUAACCCUUACCUUCUGUUUUAGAAUCUAUACUAAGUAUGGGCUCCAAGGCAGAAGAGCAGUAAGGGCCAGGCCAUGGGGGUUGUGACUUGCCCAGGGUCACAAAACUAGGAAGGGUCUGAGGCUAUAUUUACCCAGGACCUCCCCUCUAAGCCUUUAUUCACUGAGCCACCUAGCUGCCCCAAUGACGCAGAUUUAAAUCCAUUCACAGCUGCCCAUUCUUUGCAACUCUCAUCCAGUGUGUGGAGCUUUCCACGAUUAUCUUGGAAUCCCAAGAAGAUGAGGGGGCCUCAGUCCCUUGAUCAUCUGGCCUUUGUCCUCCAUUAUGCCAUUGGUGGUACUCCUUUCCAAUUCUAAGACAGCUCAUGGCUAUUAGUAGAUCUCUGGGUCAAGAUCACACUGCCUUGCUGCCCCAGUUAGUACGGGCUUGUCUGUUCUCCCAGUGAGGCUCCGAGCUUCCUAGUUGCCUGGAUGGGAUGCCCUAUGGGGCCCUACAUCGAGAGGGGCCUUGGUGGAUCAGCCAAAUAGGGAGGUAGGGAUGUAUUGGCAGCCCAGCAAGAGACCAGGCUGGCCAGAGUCUUCAUUCAGAUGGUGUAAUGUUGAGAGAAGGCUGGCUGGGUGGGCGGAUGGGCUGAAGAGGACCCUGAAUGUCAGGAGAGCUCCAACCUGAUCCCACCCAACUUGGGCAAACAGCUUGUGUAAGGAAGGAGGAGCCUGACUCUUGGGCAGUGCCAAACUGGUUUUGGCUUUCAGCCCCCAUCUGUUUCAGUCCAAUCAGCUGCCCCUCCCCAGCCUCAGAGCCUAAAAGCCUCCUCCUGGCCCUCCAGCUCUUCCUCCCCAGGCCCUGGCCUAGCUCCAGGGGCCCCUCCCUCUCUCCCUAUCUUCCACGUGUCCCCUGGAUCCAUUCUACCAGCCCAUUGGAGACACUUCAGGGUAAGAGCAGGUCCCAUCAGUCUGGGGCCCAUGGAGUCUGGCCCUUCUUCCCUCUUCUGUCUCCUCUUCCUUCUGCUGCCCUCAUGGAGCCAAGCAGAGGCACCUCCUUGGCACCGAAGGUUCGAGUACAAGUUCAGUUUCAAAGGACCAAGACUGGCGAUCCUCGGGCAGGAGAUCCCCUUCUGGAAUCACCAUGGAGAUGCCAUUCUGGGGCUAGAGGAGGUGAGGCUGGCCCCAUCCAUGAGAAACAAGAGUGGAGCCCUGUGGACCCAGGCUGCCAUCCCUUUUCCCAAUUGGGAGGUGGAGGUGGCCUUCCAUGUAUCUGGACUGGCGCGCCUGGGAGCCGAAGGGAUGGCAGUGUGGUAUACCCAGGACAGAGGCCAGAUUGGUCCAGCCCUAGGUGGUCCUGCUUUCUGGAAGGGCAUCGGGAUCUUCUUCGACUCCUUUGACAAUGAUGACCAGAAAAACAACCCUGUCAUCCAAGUUUUGGCAAGUGAUGGACAAAUCCCAUAUGACCACCACAGGGAUGGAGGGGGCCAAGUGCUGGGCUCAUGUCUUCGGGAUUUCAGAAACCGGCUGUACCCAUUCCGAGCCAGAAUCACCUACUGGGAGGAGAAGCUUCAGGUAUCUGUGAACAGUGGUCUCACCACCCAAGGUGCUACAGAUGAGGUCUGCACCGAAGUGGGGCCCCUUCUUCUGCCCCCAGGAGGCUUCUUUGGGGUCUCAGCAGCCACUGGCACUUUAGCAGAUGACCAUGAUGUCCUGUCUUUCUUGACCUUCAGCCUGAGCAAGCCAGCUCCAGAGUUCUCUCCCCAGGCUCUCCCCUAUAUCAUUCCUGAGUCUGAGCAACACCGGCUCAAGAACCAGCUACAUGACUUGCAGAAGGAGCUGAAACGGCGGAAGGAAACUUCUCCAGAGUCAGACUCAGCCACCCCUUCCCCGGGGGAAGGGCUCUUUGACUUGGAGCUGACCCUCAGGAGACACAGCCAGGUCCUGGAGGAGCUCCAGGACCUCUCGGGGAAGAUGGCUCAGACUAUGGGCCAGUGGUGGAACCAAAUGCAGAUCUUGAGGAGUCUGGACAAAGAGAAACCGGAGACUGAUGGCGCCCAGGCAAGAGGCUGGAAUUCUGCUGCUGUGAGGGUCCUGCUUCAUGGGCAACAGACUUUGCUUCAGAACAUGGAGAAGAUGAGGGCUGCUGCUGCCCGCAUGACCUCCAAGGCUGAGGCUUUCUACCUGCCUGUGGGCACAGAACAUCACUUCCAAGAAUUGCAUCAGACCUUAACCCUGAUGCAAAGAGAUGUGGAAAGUUUGCUCCACCUGCCGAAACAUGCAGCCAAGGCCUCCUAUCCCCCUGCUGGGCCUCAGAGGGUCCUAUGCCUCUCCCAGGGCAUCUUUCUGCUCUUUCUCCUGAUCCAAACUGGAUGUGCCUUUUAUUGUCUGCUCUUCAGAACUGUUCGAGAGCAUCACGAGAGUGCCAAGACAGGACCUCGCUCCAAGAACAUGCCCCUAAACUCCCCACUUUAG